AAAUAAAUUAUUUAUAGAUUGGUGAAAAUGAUUUUGAAUCUUACACUAAUAGCUAUGCCGUUUUUUCUGCUACUUGGGGUUUUUCUUCUUAUUAGUUGUUUUGCGUUCAUCAUAAAUUUUACGGACACUAUGAGCAACAUUUUAAAAAUACGAAUAUUAAUGUUAGUUGCAUGUACUUUGUGUAUCAGCAUUUUGUUAUGUUGGAUUGGUCAACAACUGAUAGAUGUGACGAACGAUAUUUUCCUUACUUUGGUUGGAGCACCUUGGUAUUUUUGGAAUAUUAAUAACAUCAAAAUUCUCUUAAUGUUUAUAAUGAAUUGUAUUAAAAAUGAAAAUAUUGUUUUGGCUGGGAUUUGUGUAGAUUACAAACUUAUUGUUACGGUCUUACGAAUCUCCGCCUCAUAUGCUCUAGUUUUGAUCAAGCUUCGCAAAAGUAGUCUCGUUUGA